AAACAGGAACAUGGCUACCGGUUUUUUUUUUAGCAUCUGACAUUUAAAACUUUCUUUUCAUUCUGUCUUGUAGACUUUGUGACAGUACGACGGGAUUGAAGAUAAAACCUUUCAAAGCGCCGUCACGGAGUCUGAAUACUGAAAACAACGUCCUUGUUCCUAUAAUUUAAGGUAACCCAACAGAUCUGGUCAUCAUGGCAAGUCCGAGAACCAGAAGAGUUCUGAAAGAUGUGAGAACCCAAGAUGAGAAUAAUCUUUGCUUUGAGUGUGGGGCUUUUAACCCUCAGUGGGUCAGUGUAACGUACGGCAUUUGGAUUUGUCUGGAGUGUUCUGGAAAGCACAGGGGCCUGGGGGUGCACCUCAGUUUUGUGCGCUCAGUCACUAUGGACAAGUGGAAAGAUAUCGAACUUGAAAAGAUGAAAGCAGGUGGAAAUGGGAAAUUUCGUCUGUUUCUUGAGCUUCAAGAUGAUUAUGACCCCAACUGGACUUUACAGGAGAAAUACAACAGCAAAGCUGCUGCGCUCUUUAGGGACAAGGUUGCUACGUUAGCAGAAGGGAAGGAAUGGUCCAUCGAAACAUCUUCGGCCAGAAACUGGACCUCUCCUCAACCCAAGAGCAGCCAGUUAUCCUCCACUCGGCCUGUAGGACCUGGACGAAACUCAGCCAAUUCUGGUGACAAGGCAUUUGAAGACUGGUUGAGUAACGAUGUAAAUUCUUAUCAGAGUGGAGGUGGUUACAGCGGCAAUCAGGAGAACCGCUACGUUGGGUUUGGCAACACGGUCACUCCAGAGAAGAAAGAGGACGACUUUCUGAAUAACGCCAUGACUUCAAUUUACUCAGGCUGGAGUAAUUUCACAGUCGGAGCCAGCAAGUUUGCUUCUAUUGCCAAAGAUAAUACAACCAAACUGGCAAACCAAGCAACUCUGAAAUUAAAGGGUUAUAAAGCACCCCCAGAACCGGCAACUGAGUUAGGACAGACAUUAAAUGAGAAUGUUAUCAAACCCACACAAGAGAAGGUGAAAGAUGGCAAAUUGCUAGAUGAAAUGGCAGUCAGCUUCUCUGGGAUAGCAAACAAGGUUCAGGGAGCUGGAGCAAAAUUGACAAACCUCUUCUCCGGAAAAUCAGAAGAUGGAACCGGUGCAGAGAGCUACCAGAACAUGGAUUCAGCUGAGGGGUAUCAGAGCAGUUCCAACAAGCCAGUGUCAAAGGACUUCUGGGAAACCUUUGGUAGCAACACUUCCUUAAAGGAGAAGAAAUCUCCCAGCAGUGACAGCUGGACCAUCCCAGAUAAUUCUGCUAAGAAGAGCUCAGACAGCUGGGACAAUUGGGGUUCAGAAGGAGCGUCUAACAACAAACACAGCACGGAGGAGAGCUGGGAGGCCUGGGACAACAGCUGGGAAAAUGCCGAUUCUAAGACGAAGAAGAGUCCGACGAAACCUGAAGAAAGUUGGGAAGCUGCAGACUGGUAGAUGGCAAACUCCUAAAUAACAUCUCACCUCUUCCUAUUCUCUGUCUCUUCACCUGUCUCCUCCUUUCCCGCUCAUCCUGCUGGCACUUUCAGGAAAACAUCUGCAUCAUCUCAGCCCCUGUUUUUUUAAGUUCUUUGUUUCUCCAUAACUUACUUACAAAACAAUCAAAGACAGAAAUGGAUUAAGCUCUUAAUAAAAGGAAGAAAUGAAGCUGUUCAGAGCUACAAGUCACUGUAAGUUAUUUCCAUAAAAAACCCAACUGUAUGUAAAAUGUAAACUUCCUUGAGGUACCUCCCAAAUAUAGUUCCAGAAAACAGUCUGGGUUUUAUGAAUGAAGCAAGUACUGUUUAGGUCAUUGCAGAUAAUGGCACGCAUGAAAGAAAAAUACUGUAAAUUGUUGUAAAUAAGAAAAACUGGACUAAAUACAACCUGCCCUUUUCAUUUAAUUAUGUCCCUUUUUGCAAAAAUGUUUACAUGUUUUGUAAAAUUCAUUUAUGCCAAACUUUACUUUGCAGCUCAUUCUAAUCUGCAGUCUGUUGUGCUGGAGAAAUGUACGAGUCCUUUUUGCAACAUUGAUUAGUCUUUUAUAAUGAAAAAUAACAUUGGAACCUCUCUGAUUAAGGCCUUUCUACAGCAGCUUAUGUGUUUGAGAUGUUCAGAAAGAUUAGAAAGCUACUUUGGCUCGUGUAGUACGAAAACUAUUUUUUUAUAACAGCAUGACGGGGCAAGUAGUGCUCUCUGGUUGGUCUGAAGUAAAAUAUUUCAAUUAAAAUGUACAUGUAGGUGCAGUGUUACCCCUCAGUGAGUCAGUGGGUCAGCAUGCUGUCUUUCUCUUUAAAAUUGAUCAGAGUCAGAAUUAAACUGUGAUUCUAAAACUCUUAAAGUGUAAAUAUCUACAUAUAAAGUCAUUGUUUUCUACAUUUCCUACACUCAUUGGAACAUCUUUAUUAAGGUUCAUAUUUUAAAUUAGUUAAAGCUCUCAAACUGUUUUCAAACUCAUAUUACACAUCUUAGAUAUAUUAUAAAAAGCAAAAAACUUUAAAAUUUGAUCAAAAUGAUUUUCCUUUUUAAAGUAUUGGUAUUUGGUUUGUGGAACUUAUUUUCUUCUUGGCCCUUUUCAGUAUUACUCAAUAAAGCUUAAGCUGAGAACUAUUUACUUGUACUUUUGAUAGUUUAUUAAAAACGAAAAGCAAAGGAAUGAUUGGAUCCUGUACUGAUUGUGUUUGCUGGCCAGUAAUCUUCAAAGAUUAACUUGAUGGAAAAUUCAUUCAGUUCUCGUUGACCUCAGGAUGGAAAACAUCUUUCAUUCGCGGCUUCGAUGAGUGACACAUAAGUUCUGGGAGCUUUAUUCCAUUUUUUUUUCUUUACUACCUCUUACAAGUUUUGUAUUUGCUGAUUGGUUUUCAGAGGAGAACCUUUUUCCACUCUUUUCACUUGAUUCCAGGCAUUUUUUUGUUCAACUUUGUGGGGUUUUUUUGAAAAAAAAAAAAAAAUUUGAAAGAAAAAAAAAACAGAGCAGCAAGGUUACAGUGUUUCUUAUGUAAUUAAAGUACUGUGCUGUAAAAAUAAGUUACUGCUGUAACGUGUGUCUUGCUGAAACCGCACUCGUCAUCCUGUACGGUCCAGUGUGAAGAGCCUUAACUAGCUGUGUUUCUGUUGCUGCUGUGUUAGCUCGUGUGACAGUGAUAUGGACGUCCAUCCAUGAAUCUCCAAUUUAUCCCCAAACUGUCUUUGCAUCACUGAGGCUUAAAAGUAUGUCGGCCAUGUUUUUUUUUUAUGUAUGUUGAAAGCCUUUGAGCAUUGAUAAUCUAUUACUGUCAAGCCAAACCUAAGCAGUUAGUUUUCUGGAAACAAAAAACAAAGGUUUUAUUGGGUUAUUUAAUUUACAUACUCACUACAAAAUGAAAAACACCGUAACUCUUCAUAUAAAAUUUAUUUUUAUUUAUAUAUAUACAAGUAUGUGUUUUUUUUUUUACUUCAUCUGGAUUCACUUUCCCAGAGCAGCAGUUGUGAUUUUGUGCCUGUAAAACAUCUAAAAUUGGAUUUAUCUGUAUGUCUAUGAAACAAAUUAUGUGAGAAAUGCUAUUUUUGAUGUCAUGCAUGAUAUAUAAUGUGGAUCUAAAUACAUGCAGUUGUUUCUUCAGUGAAUUGAAGUUGUUUGCUUGAAGUCUCACCAGCAGCCGCCCGUCUGACAGAGUGAGUCUGUGAUGAACCCAGCUCAGUGCGGAGAAAAUUCCUGUUCAUGUGGAUCCUAUGAAAAAUAAAAAAAUGUAUUGUGAAUGGCA